AUAAUUUAUCAUAAUGAAUUGUGUGGUCAAUGACUAUGGUAUAUAUAGGACAUCAAUUUAUAAAUCAGCACUCUGAGAAAACCAUCAUACCACGAAUCAACCCAUCAUGUCACUAAAAGCUUAUCUGUGUUUGGCACUUGUCGGACUAGUAGCAGCAGAGGCUGGACAAAAAGGAUACAGUCCUAAGUAUAACCUGAAAACAUAUGGGAAUCCGUCAGGACCUCUUUUUGGUGGUAAUGGAUUGCAAGGAAAUAACGGAGCUGGAUAUCCUUUGAAUAGUUUAGCUGGAUAUGGAUAUGGUAGCUAUGCAAACAACUUUCAUGGUUUAGGUUCACCAUUACACUUUGGAAGCCAUGAUGGGUACAACAACUAUGGAACCAAAGGUGGAUUUCCUGGAUACGGGUUCAUGAACGGAAGGAGUUUGAAUGUAUUAGGUGGUUACGGAAAUAACGGUGUUUAUGGUAAUGGAUUUAAAGGAUAUGGAUUUGGUCAAAGACUCGGUGGAUACGGAGGGUAUAACAAUCUAAUUAGUUCCGGAGCAUUUGGUAUUGGUCGUGUAAAUGGUUAUGGAUCAUAUGGUAUCGGUGGCAUCAAUGGUUACGGAGCAUAUGGUAUGGGUGGUAUUGGUGGAAUUGGUGGUUUAAAUGGUAAUGGAGCAUAUGGUUUGGGUGGUAUUGGAGGAAUUGGUGGCAUCAAUGGUAAUGGAGCAUAUGGUAUGGGUGGUAUUGGUAGAAUUGGUGGUUUAAAUGGUAAUGGAGCAUAUGGUUUGGGUGGUCUGAGUGGUUAUAGAUCACAUGGUUUUGGUGGAUUCAGAAACCAAAAAUACGGAUACAGUGGUGUUGGUAAAUUUGGAGGUAAAAAAGGAACAUAUUAGAAAUCCAUGAUUAAUUGAGUAGAAGUCGACGGUUUUAUACUAAUUUGUUUUAUGUUUUAUUAUGAUUUGUG